CCAAGCGCGCCCCGCCCCGAGCGCCGACCCUGUCCCUUCCCCGAGCGCCGAGCCGGUCACCACGCCUGAGCGCCGAGUCCAGCUGCCGCGGCGUCCGCGCUGGUCCUCCUCUCGGAGUUCCUGGACGCCAUGCCGCUCUACGAGGGCCUGGGGAGUGGCGGGGAGAAGACGGCGGUCGUGAUCGACCUGGGAGAGGCCUUUACCAAAUGUGGAUUUGCUGGAGAAACUGGUCCAAGAUGUAUAAUUCCUAGUGUGAUAAAAAGAGCUGGUUUGCCUAAGCCUAUCAAAGUUGUUCAGUAUAAUAUCAAUACAGAAGAAUUAUAUUCCUACCUAAAGGAAUUCAUCCAUAUCCUAUAUUUUAGGCACCUGUUGGUGAAUCCCAGAGACCGCCGGGUUGUGGUCAUCGAGUCAGUCUUGUGUCCCUCUCACUUCAGAGAGACACUCACACGAGUUCUUUUCAAAUAUUUUGAGGUUCCAUCUGUCUUGCUUGCUCCAAGUCAUCUAAUGGCUCUUCUGACCCUUGGAAUUAACUCUGCCAUGGUCCUGGAUUGUGGAUAUAGGGAAAGCCUAGUGUUACCUAUAUAUGAGGGAAUCCCAGUACUGAAUUGUUGGGGAGCACUCCCCUUGGGAGGAAAAGCUAUUCACAAGGAGCUGGAAACUCAACUAUUGGAACAAUGCACUGUGGACACCAGUGCUGCUAAGGAGCAGAGCCUUCCCUCGGUGAUGGGUUCAGUACCGGAAGGUGUCUUAGAGGACAUUAAAGUGCGUACUUGCUUUGUUAGUGAUCUGAAGCGUGGACUAAAAGUCCAAGCAGCAAAAUUUAAUAUUGAUGGGAAUAAUGAGCAUCCCUCACCACCCCCAAAUGUCGAUUAUCCAUUAGAUGGAGAGAAGAUUUUACAUGUUCUUGGAUCAAUCAGAGAUUCGGUGGUGGAAAUUCUUUUUGAACAAGAUAAUGAAGAGAAGUCAGUUGCCACUUUAAUACUGGAUUCUCUUAUGCAGUGCCCAAUAGAUACCAGGAAGCAAUUAGCAGAGAAUUUGGUAAUCAUAGGUGGCACAUCCAUGUUGCCAGGAUUUCUCCACAGAUUGCUUGCGGAAAUAAGGUAUUUGGUAGAAAAACCAAAAUAUAAAAAAACACUUGGCACCAAGACAUUUCGAAUUCAUACUCCACCUGCAAAGGCUAAUUGUGUGGCCUGGUUGGGAGGAGCUAUUUUUGGAGCAUUGCAAGAUAUACUUGGGAGCCGUUCAGUUUCAAAGGAGUAUUAUAAUCAGACAGGCCGUAUACCAGAUUGGUGUUCUCUCAACAACCCACCUUUGGAAAUGAUGUUUGAUGUCGGGAAAGCUCAGCCGCCUCUGAUGAAGAGAGCAUUUUCUACUGAGAAAUAAAAGUUUGAUUGAAAUUCAGCUUUGCUGCAUUUCUAAUAUUUAAUCAAUUACAAGAAAAUUGUACAAAGAAUGAAGGUAUAGGUGACUUUGUGAAGGUCUAGGUGACUGCUUUGGUAUAGGUGACUAUUGUGAAAGCGAAAGCAGUUGUGUGUUUACUCUUUGCAUCAAUUCGUAAUUCUUUUGACUUUGUUUCUCUUGUGUAGUGGUAAAAUAGUAGCAGAUGCUUAUGAAGUUUGUUGUAUUUAUAUCAAUAAAAUAUACUAAAGUAUCUUAAUUUUG